AUGACUAGCUCAGAGGUUCUCAAAGAAGGCCCUUCCUCAGCAGACGGCAAGCUGGCCACCGUAGCAGGAAAGGAGGAGGAGGAGGAGGAAGAGGAGGAGUAUGUGGUGGAGAAGGUUUUGGACCGCAGAGUGGUGAAGGGAAGAGUAGAGUUCCUGCUGAAAUGGAAGGGGUUCUCAGAUGAGGAGAACACAUGGGAGCCGCAAGACCACCUGGACUGCCCCGUCCUUACCACAGAGUACAUGCAGAAACACGAGGAGACGGAGGAGAAGAAGAAGGAGGGCAAGAGGAAAGGUGUCAGGGAGGCCUCGGGAGACUCAGAGGAGCGAGGGAGCAAGAGGAAGAAGGAGGAGAAACGGAGAGGAAGAGGAUUCAAACGUCACCGCUGUCAGCACUGUGACAAAACCUUCACAACAUCAAGAUAUUUAAAGAUUCAUCAGAGAGUUCACACUGGAGAGAAGCCGUACAGCUGUGAUCAAUGUGGGGCAGCUUUCACACAACCGAGUCACCUAAAAACACAUCAACGCAUUCACACUGGAGAGAGGCCGUACUCGUGUGAACAAUGUGGGAAAACCUUUUCUCACAGUGGUGGCCUUAAAUCUCACCAACGCAUUCACACUGGAGAGAAGCCGUACAGCUGUGAACAAUGUGAGGAAACGUUUUCUGUCAGUAGUAACCUUAAAUGUCACCAGCGCAUUCACACUGGAGAGAAGCCGUACUCGUGUGAACAAUGUGGGGAAACCUUUUCUCACAGUGGUAACCUUAAAACUCACCAGCUCAUUCAUACUGGGGAGAAGCCGUACUCGUGUGAACAAUGUGGGAAAACUUUUUCUCGUGGUGGUAACCUUAAAACUCACCAGCGCAUUCACACUGGAGAGAAGCCGUACUGGUGUGAUCAAUGUGGGGAAACGUUUUCUCAGAGUAGUGGCCUUAAAUCUCACCAGCGCAUUCACACUGGAGAGAAGCCGUACUCGUGUGAACAAUGUGGGAAAACCUUUUCUCACAGUGGUAGCCUUAAAAUACAUCAACGCCUUCACACUGGAGAGAAGCCGUACUGGUGUGAACAAUGUGGGAAAACCUUUUCUGAGGGCGGUACCCUUAAAAAACACCAGCGCAUUCACACUGCCUCGUUGUGAACAUGUUCCAGAGCCAAGCUGUUUCCUUCUCCUCCUCAUGCCCUGAUAGCUGUGUUGUUAUAUUCUGAUCUUCUCUCCACAUUGAAGGCUGACCAGCAGUAACUCUAUCUUCUGAACAGCAUGGAUGUUGUCCUGGCUACGACUACAUAUUACGCUCCCUCCCUUUGAAGGGUAGUCCUGUCAUUCAUGUAAAUAGUUUUAACCCUCUGCUUUGAACCGGAUCCCACAAAAUACUUCAGUGGAUCAGAUUUGAGUCUGACUCUUCAGUCCAGUUAAAGCAGCUGGUUCCAUUCAGGGUGACGUUUAAGAGCUGAAGAAGGCCGUGGAACUUGGUCUAAGCUCCAAUUGAGAGACUGUAAGCCGUGUUGAGAAUAAUCUGUUUAAGAUGUCUUCCCGUUAUUUGUUGGUGUCUGCCUUAUACAUAUUCUCUUUAUUACUCUUAGUUUAGCAUGAUCUUUUCUUACUUUGUUUACCUUUCUAUAAUAAUCUGUUUUACAUUUUAAAUGAACUCUUUGUUUUUUCUGUUUCUUAAAGAGGUUUAUGAUCAGUUGAGUUUUGUUCACUGUAAAAAUGAGAACUAUAAAUUCAUCAUCUUUGAUUUUCAAUUAAACUGAACAAAAUAU